UUUCCCUGGAAGACAACUAUUAACAGAUAAUAGAAAAUUAACACACGGCAGCAGCCGCCAUAAAGCAUGGAGCAUGGGAAACUCUUGGAUCCCCCAUCAGAUAAAAGCAGCACUCCAAAAAAUCACCAAAAAUCCCAUGAAUGCUCAGAGUGUGGGAAAUCCUUUGCUCGCAGGUCCCUCCUUUUGACCCACAGGAAGGUCCAUGUGGGAAGUGGAUCCAGUGAAGGUUUGGAGGGUGAGAAAUCCAACUCUGGAAAUGAAGCAAAAGGUCUCAGAAGCUCCACCAGACUAAAACCCUAUAAAUGUGAGGAAUGUGACUUACGCUUUAGUCAAAAGUCAGACCUUCUUAGACAUCAGAAAAUCCACACUGGAGAGAAACGUCAUCAAUGUCUGGCAUGCGGGAAAUUUUUCUGUAGAAAAGGCACUCUCAGAAUCCAUGAGAGAAUUCAUACUGGGGAGAAACCUUACAAGUGUUGGGAAUGUGGGAAGAGCUUUCCUCAGAAUGCACAGCUUUGGUCCCAUGGGAAGACACAUGCAGGAAUAAAAUCUUACAAAUGCUUUGACUGUGGAAAAUGUUUCACCCAGAGUUCAGGUCUUCGUAAUCAUAAUAAAACACACACAGGGGAAAAAAACGAAAAGUGCCUCGAAUGUGGGAAAUGUUUUUCCAAAAAAUCAAUCCUGCUGCGACAUCAGAAACGCCACACUGGAGAGAGACCCUAUGAAUGUCCAGAAUGUGAGAAACGAUUUGUGGAUUCUUCUGAACUUCAGAGACACCAGAAAUGGCACAAAGGGGAGCUGCCCCAUAGAUGUGGGCAGUGUGGGAAAUGUUUUGUUACGCCAGCCCAUGUUCAGAUUCAUCAGAGAAUCCACACGGGGGAGAAGCCCUACAAAUGUGAGGAGUGUGGGAAAUGCUUUUCCCAAAAGCAACACCUCGGACGCCAUCAGAGGUUCCACACAGGAGAGAAGCCCUACAAAUGCGAGGAAUGUGGAAAAUGCUUUGUAGAUAAGAGAGGCCUUUGCAGUCAUCAUAAAACCCACACAGGGGAGAAACCGCAUCAAUGCAACGACUGUGGAAGAUUUUAUACCACAUCAUCGGCCCUUAAAUCUCAUGUGAAAAUUCACACAGGGGAAAAAGAUUACAAAUGUUUGGACUGUGGAAGAGCAUUUGCUCAUUCUUCUUCCCUUCUAAGUCACAGCCGAAUCCAUACAGGAGAAAAACCUCACAAAUGCGCAGUGUGUGAUAAAUGUUUUGCUCGGAAAGAUUCUCUUGUGAUGCAUCAGCGAAUCCACACUGGAGAGAAACCAUAUAAAUGUCUGGAAUGUGGGAAAUGUUUUGCCCAUAAUUCAUCACUUCACUGGCAUGUGCGAAAUCACAGAGGAGACUAGCCUUACAGAGUGUGAGAAACCUUUUCAUAGUUAAUCAAAGCUAGAAAAGCACCAGAAAGUACUUAGCAGAGAUAAAUCUCUUCACUUGUGGACACAUUUAACAGGAACUUCACACAGUGAUAGAAGGGAAAUCGUACAAUUGUUUGGUUUGGGGAAAAUGUUUUUCCUACUGAAGGAACCUCAAAUAACAUCAGGGAGUACACAGUGAGGCAAAAGGGUACAAAUGUUGGAAUUGUGAGAAUAUCUUACUUGCAUAGUCGCAUUAGUAACUUAUCAGAGUGGUUACACCAGAGAGUUAAAAGUAUGUGGGGAGUAGAUAUAAUGUUUUGCAGAGCACAGGAAGUUCUGGACUUGGGACCCCAACUUGGAAUGGAUUUCUGGUCAUAGGUUCCUUCAGUUGUAAGUCAAAACCAGGUACUUCUCUUAAUUUUUACUAGAUGAUGUUGAUCCAUGAGGAGAACUGAAAAGUUAGAGGGAGAAAAUGGGGUGAAGGAUGAAUGUGGUAAAGUUUUGAUGUUGAAUCUACUGGCUGAGGACGAGAAGGAAAAGUUUCUUUUUCCUAUUAUCUUUUUUGGAGGGAUUUUUUUUUCCUUUUUUCAUUUUCCCCCCCAUAUAUUCACGUUAUUUGUACUAACUUUCUUUCUGUGCAUAUAAUCCUUAAUAAAAGCAUUGUUCAAAAUAACCAAGGGGGCCUUUUUCAGGAGAUGGGCUGGGCAGAUCAAAGCGGCCAAGAUGGGAGUCAGAUUGUGCCAUCCUGGGCAGCCAAAGUGGGGUGAGAAAGUGGCUCUCAGGGCUCCCCUGGAUCAGGAAAUGGCCUGUGGGGAGGAGGUAGAGGAGGAAGGCCGUCAGGGAGUCCAGGGCCCAUGGUUCCCAGCAGCUACUAGAGGAGGGAGCCACGCUUCUCAGGAGGGGUUGGAAACCCAUCGCAAGAGGCUACCGGAAGAUGCCCCCUAGAGGAGAAAUGGGGAAUUAUCAGUCCCAGGA